CCUAAGCCCAAUGUAAACUGCUUAGAGCAUAAAUCAUUGGGCCUAGAGUGUUAAAUAUGGACCUAGUCACUUACUAGGCCCAACGUUAAACCUCGAUCCUCGAAGUUCUGCUCCGUAAGUCCAGGGCUCAAGAAAACCGUGUCAGUCUCGCUCUCACCUCCAGAGAGCAAAAUUGCAAGCAAAGAAGAGUUCAAUUCAGAUACAGAAGUUCAAUGCGAUCGAAAAUGUGGAGGCUGAAUCCAUUAAUUUGCACACCUUAUCCACCAGAACCCCGAUUCUCACGUCUCAGCAACACCUAUUUCCGCAUGAACAGAGGCUGUUGCUUCUUCCUCCUCAACACCUCUAUCAGCUACCCUCCGCUCGCUUCCUCGACAUUUACUAGCAACAUGGGUUUGUGCAGCAUUUCCUAGGACGGGAAGAUUUGGUAUGACGAGGAAGUUUGAAGGAAGCAAUCUCUUCAAACUGCCACCCGAGUUUGUGACAUUUUAUUAUACACAAACGCUUGAUCAUUACAGUUACAGACCAGAGGGCUAUGCCACCUUUCAACAGAGGUACCUACUGAACAACAAGUACUGGGGCGGGAUGAACACUAGCUCUCCCAUUUUUGUCUAUAUGGGAGAUGAGGCUGACAUUGUUGAAGUGGCUUCCAUUGCUGGAUUUAUGGUUGAUCUUGGUAAACGUUUUAACGGUUUAUUGAUGUAUAUAGAGCAUCGCUAUUAUGGAGAAUCAUUGCCAUUUGGGUCUAAGGAUAAAGCAUUCGAGAGUGCCAAUAACCUCGGAUACUUCAACUCAGAACAAGCUCUGGCAGAUUAUGCUCAAUUGAUCACUGAUUUCAAAAGAAACAUGACAUCAGGAUAUCGCCCUUUUAUUGCUGUUGGAGGAUCUUAUGGAGGAAUGCUCGCAUCAUGGUUUCGGCUAAAAUAUCCUCAUAUUGUCAUCGGUGCUGUGGCAUCUUCUGCUCCUAUACUCUACUUUGAUGAUAUAACGCCUCAAAAUGGAUACCAUGUUGUUGUCACCAAGGAUUUCAGGGAGACUAGUGAGAAUUGUUAUAACAUUAUAAGACAGUCUUGGUUUGAAAUUGAUAGAGUAGCAGCUGAACCAAAUGGUCUUAUGACCCUUAGCAAUAUCUUCAGCACUUGCAGGCCUUUGAAUUCCUCCCAAGAUCUCAAGGUCCGCUUACAACACAUGUACACGAAUUCAGCUCAGUAUGACAACUUCCCGGAGAAACCAGUCAACGAUAUAUGCAACGCCAUCGAUGGAGCACCGGCAGGAACUGAUAUCCUUGACAGAGUUGCAGCAGGUGUCAAUGCAAGUUUUAUGGGAAAUUCUUCGUGCCAUAGAAUGUCUGCUUACAGUCCAAGAAACACAAGUGAAUGGGAAUGGCAGAGAUGCACAGAGAUGGUCAUGCCAAUGGGAUAUGGAGAGAAUGAGACAAUGUUCCAAGCAGAACCUUUUGACAUUAACGAGUUCACUCAAACUUGUCUAGAGCUUUUCAAUGUUGCUCCAAGGCCACACUGGAUCACAACACAAUUCGGUGGCCAUGUAAAUCUUCUCCUCAUGAUUUUCUCUUCUUUGAUUUUCUCAGCGUGGAACUCAUAUUCUUUAUUGAUUUUAACACCUAUGCAGGACAUCAAGUUUGUGUUUGGAAACUUUGCAACCAAUAUCAUUUUUUCGAAUGGACUUCGAGACCCCUAUAGCGCUGGAGGAGUUCUACAGGACAUAUCAGAUAGCGUCGUUGCUGUAUAUACAAAUCAAGGAGCGCACGGAUUGGAUUUACAUGCUCCCUUGCCCAAUGAUCCUGACUGGUUGGUUGCACAACGUGACAGAGAAAUCAAAAUCAUUCAAGUUUGGAUUGCAGAAUAUAAUGCCAAGCUUGCCAGGAAAAUGAGCAAAUGACAUUGAUCAAAUUUGACUGUAUUGUAAAUGCUGUCUUGUCUUAAUCAGCUGGCUACCUUGUAGGUGAA